AUGCCUUUUCCAGCUGCUCGUUCCAAAAUGAAGCACGGCAGCGGCUCACGAGCGGGCUCUCGGAGUGGUACACUGCGGCCGGUCGUCGGGGCGCGAGCUGCUGAGUUGUGCCGCGACUCCCCGCCAGCCUUUCUACAAAAACACAUCGCGGAGGAGAAGCAAGAGAAAUCAGACGACAAGACCAAAAAUUAUAAGGAUGACGAGAAAGACAAGCAGAAGGAUGAAAGCAAAGACAAGAAGAAGGACACAAGCAAGGACGGGAAGAAAGAAAAAAAGGACAAAGGAGAGGACAAGGUGCCAGACAGCAAAGGAGCUGACAGAACUGCCAGCGCCAAGGUGCGGGACAAGUACCAGCUUAAUCUGCUCGAUGAAUUGAAUGAGCAGCCAACCUUACGCAACGAGCUCGAUUUCUUUCGAUCACACCGACCGAAGAAAGAUAAAAAGACUCGUCCCCAACCAAUACCCUACUUGUGUGACAUCUGCCAUGUGUUCAGCAAGUCUGCCUUUGAGCUGAACGAACACCUGGCCAGUGAUAGGCACAAAGAAACUCUGUGCAAGUUUCUCAAAGGUGAAAAGUCGCCUCCUGACAAGGAUAGCAAGAAUGACGACAAGCCUGCUGAGGUCACGGAUUCCACAGACAAACAACCCCAAAAUCCGGAGCUGUACUGUGACAUAUGCCAGCUGCUGCUGCCUUCGUUGGGAACGAAACGAGAGCACGAAAAAAGCAAGCAGCACAAGUUUCUCGAAGCACUGAGGAAGAAUGUCAAGACAGAACCACGUGCCGAAGAAGCUGCCACCGGGAAGAAGCCAGAAGCAACGAAGACGGUCACUGCAGCUAGGACGGCAAAGACUCUUCACUGCAGUGUCUGCCGAAUGGAUCUGGAAUCAAAUGAAGCCAUGGAAGAGCAUGUCCAGAGCAAGAAACACAAGUUUCUUUCUGCCUUGAAGCCAGUGCCUCCAGCGCCUGCCAGGAGGUCGGAAGAAAGCACUAGGCACAAACGUGCUGGGCCAUAUGACAGUAGUUCCGACAGACGUGAAUGGCGACGUGGUAAGCGUCGAAAUGAAGAGGAUGAAGAAGAGAUGCCCGAGCUGGCAGCCGUGGCUCUCGAACGGCGAGCACUGCAAGCACAGCUGGCCCAGCGGCGGCAGGAGAUCGAAGAGCAGCGCCGCCUUAUUGCAGAGCUGCGCGAGGAGCAGCACCUCGAGGCAGAGAAGGCUGCGCUGAGGCGCAUGAUUGACGAAUGUCGCCAGCUGAUUGAAGAGCGGGAGAAGAACAAGCGCCGUGCUGUUGAGGUACAGGAAAGCAUUUCACGAAAGACAGCCAAGUCUGUCCAGUGGCACCCUAGUGUUACGGAAGUGAAAAAACAACCAGAAGAUCCCCGUCGGCCCAAGAGCUACGAUUAUGAGGAGCCACAAGAACGACUUAGCCUUGUGAAGAAGGCACACGAGGAAUGGGAAAGAGAACAGCUUGAGAAGGCUCGAAAUCGUGGCCAUGCACAGCCUGCUUUCGUCACUGUGAAUCGGGAGAAGGAUGACUGGGAGAAGGACAGCCCUUCUGUGGAGUCCAGUAUCUCCAGUUUCAUGUCCUUUUCGCACUGGGAUGGCAAAAUCCCACUCCUGGAUGGGCCUGUUGAAACUCAUGAUGACACUGACGCAUCAUGGUCUAGCAGCCUGCCUGUUCUGUCUCAGGAAGGUACGCCUACUUUCCGAGGCCCCAUAGCGGGUGAUGAUACCAUCAUUGAGUCUUUUUCCCGUGGUCAGUUCUUUGGGCAAGUCGAUGCAGAUGCUGUUUUUUCCCAGGAGUCGUUAGGGAAGGCUGGCAUCAAAUGGCCUGGUGCAGUGCACAGCCCGCCAGUUUGGAGCAGUGGCUCCCAAGACUCGCAUGACUGGAACCACCCAGCGUUGUGCACACCAUCAAGCACUGUGCCACUGCUAGGGGAAGAACCAGUACUCGUAAAGGAUGAGCCUAGCCACUCUGGUGAGAAUUCCAACCUUCUUAGAAGCAGGCAAGGUCUUCUGGAUGACAGGUCAAGCCACCUUGUGGAAAAACCCAGUCUUCUUGGAAGCAGACCAGGUCUUCUAGGGGAUAGACCAAGCUUCUGGAAGAAAGGCCAAGUGUUCUUGGAGAAAAUCGCAGCCUUCUUGGAAGUAAGCCAGGUCUACUGGAAGACCUGCCAAGCCCCUAUGAUGGCAGGUGUAGCCUACUGGGGAGCAGGCCAAGUCACUCUGAAGACAGGCCACACUUACUGGAAGAUAGGCCAAGCUCCUAUAAUGGCAGACCUAGCCACUUGGGGAGCAGGCCAAGUCAACUGGAAGACAGGUCACACUUACUGGAAAACAGGACAAGCUCCUAUGAUGGCAGACCUAGUCCUCUUGGGAGUAGGCCAGGUCUGCUGGAAGACAGGCCAGGCUUACUGGAAGAUAGGUCAAGCUUCUAUGAUGGCAAGCCUAGCCUUCUAGGAAGCAGGCCAAUUCACAUGGAAGACAGAUCACACUUGCUGGAAGGCAGUCCAAGCCUCUAUGAUGGCAAGGCUGGCCUUCUAGGAAGUAGGCCAAUUCACAUGGAAGACAGGCCAAGCACCUAUGAUGGUAAACCUGGCCUCCUUGGGAGCAGGCCAAGUCAACUGGAAAACAGGCCAAGCCCCUAUGCUGGCAGGCCUAGCCCACUAGCGAGCAGGCCAAGUCUGCUGGAAGACAGGCCACGCUUACUGGAAGACGGGCCAAGCCUCUAUGAUGGCAAUACUAGCCUCCUAGGCAGCAGACCUAGUCGCCUCGAAGAUAGGCCAAGCCUCCGUGAUGGCAGUCCUAACUUCGCAAGGAGCAGACGCAGCCUCUUAUGUGACACGCCAGGCCUCCUUGAGGACAGGUCAAGUUUGUUGGGAGAGAGGCCUGAACAGCGCUUGCAAUUUUGGGGGCAGUCAUCACAGCAGCCAACAUCUGAGCCUGAUCUAUGGGCAGGAAGCUCAUCUCUACGCAUACCAGGCCUUGAUCUUGUAUAGUUUCACGUGUGUCAAUAAUGUGACAAUUGAAAUAUGAAACGAUUGAGAUUCACAUGUUUUGACAGUGACAUCAACAAAUGUUUUUGCUAUAGCAGCAUUUCUAUAUAUCCUGAAAUGUUUAAAGGCCUAUUUUGCGCAUUGUCAGGAGAAUGCCCAAGCCCACACAAUACGUGAAUGGAAUGCAUGAGUAUGACUAAAGGGUGCAAGUGAUGUACAAUUUUGCUGAAGUACCUGUCAUUGAAACAGACUAUGCCGAAUAAAUGAGUGCGAACACAA